GCCUCGAGGCGCGUGCGCAGUGUGUGUAUCCCUGCCCUCGGGCCGCCGUCGGCCGGCGGUCGGUGGCGGCAAGGGCCGGGAGGUGUGGUUUCGCUCUCGGUUUCGGGAGGGCGGGUCUAUGCCUAUUUCCCGGCCUCGGGGUGUGUCACCUCCCUCCCCUGCCGUCGGGGUUGCCAUAGACCCCAAAGGUGCGGAAGCGGAGGCUGGCCCCUGGAGCGAGGAGACCGCGUGAAGCGCCGCCUGUCUAGACUCUGGGGGCCGAGGUGGGCGUGAGCGAAGAUUUUAAUUUAAUUUGAAAAUGAGUAAGUGCAGAAAGCCACCACAGGGUUCAAGUCUUGAGACAUUCAGCCCAGAUGUUGUUGCUGACAUUUCUCAACUCUUUGCCAAGAACUUUUCUUAUGUCAAGCCACUUAGUAAUGAGUGGCAGUUACCAGAUCCCAGUGAAAUUUUUACCUGUGACCACACGGAUUUCGAUGUAUUUCUUGAUUUGAAGAACUCCCUAAAUGAAGUAAAAAACCUACUGAGUGAUAAGAAACUGGUUGAGUGGCAUGAACACACCGCUUUCACUAAUAAAGCUGGAAAAAUAAUUUCUCAUGUGAGGAAAUCUGUGAACGCUGAACUUUGUACUCAAGCAUGGUGUAAGUUUCAUGAAAUUUUGUGCAGCUUUCCAGUUAUUCCACAGAAAGCUUUUCAGAAUGGAAAACUGAAUUCUCUACACCUUUGUGAAGCUCCCGGAGCUUUUAUAGCUAGUCUCAAUCAUUACUUAAAAUCCCAUCGAUUUCCUUGUGAUUGGAGUUGGGUAGCUAAUACCCUGAAUCCAUACAAUGAAGCAAAUGACAAUCUUAUGAUGAUUAUGGAUGACCGACUUAUUUCGAAUACCUUGCAUUGGUGGUACUUUGGUCCAGAUAACACCGGUGAUAUCAUGACCUUGAAAUAUCUGACUGGACUUCAGAGUUUCAUAAGCAACAUGGCCACUGUUCACUUGAUCACCGCAGAUGGGAGUUUUGAUUGCCAAGGAAACCCAGGUGAACAAGAAGCCUUAGUCUCUUCUUUGCAUUACUGUGAAGUAGUCACUGCUCUGAUGACUCUUGGAAACGGUGGCUCUUUUGUUCUGAAGAUGUUUACUUUGUUUGAACAUUGUUCCAUAAACCUGAUGUACCUGCUAAACUGCUCCUUUGAGCAAGUCCAUGUUUUCAAACCUGCUACAAGCAAGGCAGGAAACUCAGAAGUCUAUGUGAUAUGUCUCCACUAUAAGGGGAGAGAGGUAAUCCAGCCUCUGUUAUCUAAGAUGGUGCUGAAUUUUGGGACUGAAAUGAGCAGGAAAGCUCUCUUUCCCCGUCAUGUGAUUCCUGCAUCUUUUCUUAAAAGCCAUGAAGAAUGUUGUGUGUUCUUUCAUAAAUACCAGCUAGAGACUAUUUCUGAGAACAUCCGUCUGUUCGAGUGCAUGGGAGAGGAGGAACAAGCAAGGCUGAAUAAUUUAAGGGACUGUGCUGUGCAGUAUUUCAUGCAAAAGUUUCAGUUGAAGCCUCUGUCUAGAAAUAAUUGGCUAGUCAAAAAAUCUAAUAUUGGUUGUAGUGCAAAUACAAAAUGGUUUGGGCAGAGGAACAGAUAUUUUAAAACUUAUAAUGAAAGGAAAAUGCUAGAAACUCUUUCAUGGAAAGAUAAGGUGGCCAAAGGAUACUUUAAUAGUUGGGCUGAGGAACAUGCGGCCUAUCAUCCUGGGCAAAGUUCUCUUUUAGAAUGGACAGCUUCCAAUCUUGAGUGUCACUUAUGGCAUAUUUUAGAGGGAAAAAAGCUGCCAAAAGUAAAGUGUUCUCCUUUUUGCGAUGGUGAAAUUUUAAAGGCUCUUAAUGAAGCUAUUGAAAAGUCAUUAGGAGGAGCCUUGAAUUUGGAUUCCAAGUUUUGGCCAAAACAGCAGCAUUGUCGUUCUUGUCAUGUUUUUUCUGAAGAACUGAUCUUUUCUGAGUUGUUUAGCCUUAUCAAGUGUCUUCAGGAUGAGCAAGUUGUAAAACCCAGCAACCAAAUAAAGUGCCUGCUUGUGGGUUUUCCAACUCUCCCUGAUAUCAAAAUGGAUAUGCCAUUGGAAGUUCAGCUGCUUGAAUCGGCUGAACUCAUGACUUGUACCUGUUCAUUGCUUCAUGACGGAGACCCAGCUUACCAGCAGUUAUUUUUGGACUGCCUUCUACAUUCAUUACAGCAGCUUAAUACAGGCGAUGUUAUGAUUUUGCCUGUACUUUCUUGUUUUACGAGGUUUAUGGCUGGUUUGAUCUUUAUACUCCACAGUUGUUUUAGAUUCAUCACAUUUUCUUGUCCCACAUCCUCUGAGCCCCUAAAGACCUGUGCAGUCCUGUUAUGUGUUGGUUACCAGGACCUUCCAAAUCCAGUUUUCCAGUAUCUGCAGAAUGUGAGUGAACUGUUGAGUGCUUUGCUUAACCCUGAUGCGCCCCAGCAAGUUUUACAGUUUGUGCCAAUGGAAGUACUCCUUAACGGGACACUGCUUGAUUUCUUGUGGGAUUUGAAUGCUGCCAUUGCCAAACGGCACUUACAUCUGAUUAUUCAAGGAGAGAGAGAAGAAAUCAUUGGCAGCCUUCAUUUAGGAAAUUGAACUUGUCUUUCUGAGUUUUAACUUGGAGGCUUCUCACGGUUUCCGUUGUUAUUGCAUCCCUUUGCUGUUAAUUUAAAACCUUUUGUUUUGGGGAAAGGCUAACUUUUGCAUUGUUUAAAGACUCAUUAUUUCUGGAAACCGUCAGCUGGUACCUGUCUCUAGGGUACACAUAUCCCCAGGCACAGAGUUUUCCUUGUGGAAUCUCUGAGUGCUGGUGUUCAGCCUCAGACAUGAGAUGUGCGUGUGUGCCUGGGGCAGACACACCCACGCCUGUUUCGCUAGGAUUGUACCUGUGUGCCUUACUCGGACUUUUCCCAACUAAUUUCCUCUCAGUGGCUAAUGCUGUUAAUUAAUUGAUAGAGGUUUCUGAUGAAAGGAGGUGAGGCAUUGCUGAGCCACACCGGUUUCCUUUAACGCUGACCAUGUCAGUUUUGGAUUCGGGGAAACUCAUCUCGUCAGAUUUCUUGAUUUGUGCCAUACGUUGCCAUUGACCCAAUUUACUUUUAUUGGGGCAAAUUAAGCUACUGUACUGUUUUAUGAAUACUUUACUAACCACAACCAUUCAACUAGAAAGAUAUCAGGACAGCUUCAAACCAAAGAUCAUGUUUAAAAAAAUGGGAAAUUAUUGUGUCUAAGAAUUCCUGUAUCAUGAAAAAUCAUAUUAAGCAAUGGUGUAGUGAUUUUUAACUUCCAGGAAAUAACCUGUGAACUAAAAGAUAUUUUAAAUUGCAAAAUAAUGUUUAUACCUCAUAUUGGGAACAUGUGAUUAUGAUAAAUGAAGUGACUACUGAAGAAAAGUUUUAACACUUUUACAAUGAUGGUACAGCAUUUACCAGUUUUUAGUCUUUACAAGUUCUUUUUUCGGUAUGAAAGUAGCACUUUAUCAAAAGUUUAACCAUGAGAUGGUUAUUUUAUCAGUUAUGUUUGAUUUCUUUUGAAUUAUAUGUAUUUAACAGUGUAACAGCUUUUCUAGCAAACUAGUAAGCAAAUCUUCAUUACUUUGAAAUUCCACAAAAUGGAGAAUAUUUAUAUUCUUACCUGUGCAUUUUAGACAUUUGUUAGUUAUAUGAAAAGUAGAUGUAUUCUCUGAUUUGGUUGAUAAAUAUUAAUCUGAAUUUUUUUCAUGUUCUUUGCUAUUUUGAGUUCCAUUAUAGAUUCAUGAAUAAAGUCAUUAGCAGAGA